UUCCCCAUUAGAUAUCUAGUGGGACAAAGAAAUGGAGAUUUCGAAACCUUCGGGGCAUUGGCUCCCAAUGUUUUCGGUUGUCGCAUUAUGUUUUCUUGCUACGACGGUCGUUGCAGGUAAGAAUCAGUAUGUUUAUGCCUCACCACCACCAUCACCAUCUUCGCCGCCACUGUACUAUUAUAAGUCACCACCUCCACCGUUAUAUUCUCCACCCCCGCCAUCUCCAUCACCACCUCCUGCAUAUGUUUAUAAAUCUCCUCCACCACCUUCAUCCCCACCUCCACCAACUUAUAUUUAUAAGUCGCCUCCUCCUCCACGUGAUAAACCACAACCACCAGAUUAUGAUAAAUCUCCACCACGACCUUACGUCUAUAAAUCUCCUCCUCCACCAUCUCCAUCACGUCCUCCAUAUUUCUACAAAUCUCCCCCGCCUCCAUCUUCUUCACCUCCUCCUCCAUACUAUUAUAAGUCUCCUCCACCACCGUCUCCCUCUCCACCGCCUCCGUAUAUUUACAAAUCUCCCCCACCGCCAUCACCAUCCCCACCACCUCCAUACGUCUAUAAAUCUCCCCCUCCGCCUUCUCCAUCACCGCCACCUCCUUAUGUUUACAAAUCUCCCCCACCUCCAUCUCCUUCACCUCCUCCGCCAUACUAUUAUAAGUCUCCUCCACCACCAUCACCAUCUCCCCCACCACCAUACGUCUAUAAAUCUCCGCCUCCCCCAUCUCCAUCACCUCCACCUCCAUACGUCUACAAAUCUCCCCCACCACCGUCUCCGUCUCCACCGCCUCCAUAUAUUUAUAAAUCUCCUCCACCACCAUCACCAUCCCCACCACCUCCAUACGUCUACAAAUCUCCCCCUCUGCCAUCUCCAUCACCACCACCUCCAUACGUCUAUAAAUCUCCCCCUCCGCCGUCUCCAUCACCACCACCUCCAUACAUCUACAAAUCUCCCCCUCCACCGUCUCCAUCACCGCCACCUCCAUACGUCUAUAAAUCCCCGCCUCCACCAUCUCCUUCACCUCCACCUCCAUACGUCUACAAGUCUCCCCCACCACCAUCACCAUCCCCACCACCUCCAUACGUCUACAAAUCUCCCCCUCCGCCGUCUCCAUCACCGCCACCUCCAUACGUCUAUAAAUCCCCGCCUCCACCAUCUCCUUCACCUCCCCCUCCAUACGUCUACAAGUCUCCCCCACCACCAUCACCAUCCCCACCACCUCCAUAUGUCUACAAAUCUCCCCCUCCACCGUCUCCAUCACCGCCACCUCCAUACGUCUAUAAAUCCCCGCCUCCACCAUCUCCUUCACCUCCCCCUCCAUACGUCUACAAGUCUCCCCCACCACCAUCACCAUCCCCACCACCUCCAUAUGUCUACAAAUCUCCCCCUCCACCGUCUCCAUCACCGCCACCUCCAUACGUCUAUAAAUCCCCGCCUCCACCAUCUCCUUCACCUCCCCCUCCAUACGUCUACAAGUCUCCCCCACCACCAUCACCAUCCCCACCACCUCCAUAUGUCUACAAAUCUCCCCCUCCACCGUCUCCAUCACCGCCACCUCCAUACGUCUAUAAAUCCCCGCCUCCACCAUCUCCUUCACCUCCCCCUCCAUACGUCUACAAGUCUCCCCCACCACCAUCACCAUCCCCACCACCUCCAUAUGUCUACAAAUCUCCCCCUCCACCGUCUCCAUCACCGCCACCUCCAUACGUCUAUAAAUCCCCGCCUCCACCAUCUCCUUCACCUCCCCCUCCAUACGUCUACAAGUCUCCCCCACCACCAUCACCAUCCCCACCACCUCCAUAUGUCUACAAAUCUCCCCCUCCACCGUCUCCAUCACCGCCACCUCCAUACGUCUAUAAAUCCCCGCCUCCACCAUCUCCUUCACCUCCACCUCCAUACGUCUACAAAUCUCCCCCUCCCCCAUCUCCAUCACCGCCACCUCCAUACGUCUACAAAUCACCCCCUCCACCAUCACCAUCCCCACCACCUCCAUACGUCUACAAAUCUCCCCCUCCGCCAUCUCCAUCACCACCACCUCCAUACGUCUAUAAAUCUCCCCCUCCGCCGUCUCCAUCACCACCACCUCCAUACAUCUACAAAUCUCCCCCUCCACCGUCUCCAUCACCGCCACCUCCAUAUGUCUACAAAUCUCCCCCUCCGCCGUCUCCAUCACCGCCACCUCCAUAUGUCUACAAAUCUCCCCCUCCGCCGUCUCCAUCACCGCCACCUCCAUAUGUCUACAAAUCUCCCCCUCCGCCGUCUCCAUCACCGCCACCUCCAUAUGUCUACAAAUCUCCCCCUCCGCCGUCUCCAUCACCGCCACCUCCAUAUGUCUACAAAUCUCCCCCUCCGCCGUCUCCAUCACCGCCACCUCCAUAUGUCUACAAAUCUCCCCCUCCGCCGUCUCCAUCACCGCCACCUCCAUAUGUCUACAAAUCUCCCCCUCCGCCGUCUCCAUCACCGCCACCUCCAUAUGUCUACAAAUCUCCCCCUCCGCCGUCUCCAUCACCGCCACCUCCAUAUGUCUACAAAUCUCCCCCUCCGCCGUCUCCAUCACCGCCACCUCCAUAUGUCUACAAAUCUCCCCCUCCACCGUCUUCAUCACCUCCACCUCCAUACGUCUACAAGUCUCCCCCACCACCAUCACCAUCCCCACCACCUCCAUACGUCUACAAAUCUCCCCCUCCACCGUCUCCAUCACCGCCACCUCCAUACGUCUAUAAAUCCCCGCCUCCACCAUCUCCAUCACCUCCACCUCCAUACGUCUACAAGUCUCCCCCACCACCAUCACCAUCCCCACCACCUCCAUACGUCUACAAGUCUCCCCCACCACCAUCACCAUCCCCACCACCUCCAUACGUCUACAAAUCUCCCCCUCCGCCAUCUCCAUCACCACCACCUCCAUACGUCUAUAAAUCUCCCCCUCCACCGUCUCCAUCACCACCACCUCCAUACGUCUAUAAAUCUCCUCCACCACCAUCACCAUCCCCACCACCUCCAUACGUCUACAAAUCUCCUCCUCCGCCAUCUCCAUCCCCACCACCUCCAUAUGUAUAUAAAUCUCCCCCUCCGCCUUCUCCAUCACCACCACCUCCAUACGUCUAUAAAUCUCCCCCUCCACCAACUCCAUCACCACCACCUCCAUACGUCUACAAAUCUCCCCCUCCACCGUCUCCAUCACCGCCACCUCCAUAUGUUUAUAAAUCUCCCCCUCCGCCGUCUCCAUCACCACCACCUCCAUAUGUCUACAAAUCUCCCCCACCACCAUCUUCUUCACCUCCUCCACCAUACUAUUAUAAGUCUCCUCCACCACCGUCUCCCUCUCCACCGCCUCCGUAUAUUUACAAAUCUCCCCCACCACCAUCACCAUCCCCACCACCUCCAUACGUCUAUAAAUCUCCUCCACCACCAUCACCAUCCCCACCACCUCCAUACGUCUACAAAUCUCCCCCUCCACCGUCUCCAUCACCACUACCUCCAUAUGUCUAUAAAUCUCCCCCUCCGCCCUCUCCAUCCCCGCCACCUCCAUACGUCUAUAAAUCUCCUCCCCCACCAUCACCAUCCCCACCACCUCCCUACGUCUACAAAUCUCCCCCUCCGCCGUCUCCAUCACCGCCACCUCCAUAUGUCUACAAAUCUCCCUCACCACCAUCUCCUUCACCUCCUCCACCAUACUAUUAUAAGUCUCCCCCACCGCCGUCUCGCUCCUCACCAUCGCCAUAUGUUUAA